AUGGCUGAAAAUCUGCUGAAGAGGCCUUACCCUGAAGACGACGAAGCAGCCAACAAAAGAUCGCGAUCGAACAAUGGCUCUCCUCGUCCCACCACUCCCUCUCAACAGACUGGAGGGAAGCCUGAUAUCAGCGCAGCAGUUGCGGCUGCGAAGGCAAGAGCUGAAGAAAUAAAGAAAAGACUGGCGAAACCUGCUACGGCAGCACCUCCUGCUACAUCAAGUUCUGCCCCAGUGUCGGCUAGUGAUCGAAUCGCUCAGUUGAAAGCGCGAGUCGCAGCAGCUACAUCUAGAUCCAAAGAACUAGCCCAGACCAAACCUGCAGUCCCAAGUCCACCAGUGUAUCAAGAUGAUUUCGGCAGAGCUCGUGGUGGCUUGGACAUUGGUCUGCACCCUGCGCUCCAGGAGAAUUUCCAGUCAGAUCGCCUGAAUAAGGGCAAGCAAGAUCAGCUCAAGAAGAAGCAGGAGGAACAGAAGAAAGCACAGCUGGAUCUCUCAGGUCCGUCGUUAGAAGAGCUCAAAGCAAAUCCAUACUUCGAUACCUCCAUUAGUGUCAAGAAUGCGUCAGGAAAAGGUCGGGUUACUCGGCAGUUGGUAUUCAACCAACAGGGCAAGUACAUCGCUCAGGCUGCAGCACUGCGCCGACAGGCCCAAUUGGAGGACAUGAAAAAGCGCAUUGCAGAGCGAGCACGACAAGCAGGUAUUGACGAAGACCUCGACACCGAGAAAGCCUUCUUGGUUCCUAAGCCGCCCGAGAUUGAAUGGUGGGAUGAAGGCCUCGUCGACGGCUCGUCUUACGAUGUCAUCGAUAAUCCUCGAAACCUAAAGAUUGACACUCCGGACUCUAUCAUCACAAUAUACAUUCAGCACCCAGUUCUUAUUGAACCACCACAAGAGAAGAUUGUCCCCGCCGCAAAACCCAUGUUUCUCACAGCUAAAGAACAAGCGAAACUCCGCCGUCAGCGACGUAUGGCCGAUUUGAAAGAAAAGCAAGCAAAGAUCAGACUAGGUCUUGAACCACCUCCACCGCCAAAAGUCAAGAAAUCAAACCUCAUGCGUGUCCUGGGUGAACAGGCCAUUCAGGAUCCUACAGCUGUCGAGGCUCGCGUGAACCGCGAAAUCGCAGAACGCAAGGAGACGCACGAGGAAGCUAAUGAAGAACGAAAAUUGACCAAAGAGGAGCGUGUGGAGAAGCUCGAAAAACAACAGACCGAAGAUGCAGCGAAGGGUAUUCACGUCCGUGUGUACAAAAUCGACAGCUUGGCGAAUGGCAAGCACCGGUUCCAGGUUCAGAAAAAUGCCGAGCAGCAUGCACUUACAGGCGUAUGUAUUAUGCACCCGCGCUUCAACCUCGUUGUCGUUGAGGGAGGUGAACAUUCUAUUCGUGCAUACGACAAGCUCAUGCAAAAUCGUGUCAAGUGGCAGGAGAUGGAGGCUCCUUCUUCAGUGCGAGAAGGCAACAAGGAAGCGCAAGCUAAGUGGCUUGACGCGGAGGACGAGAAUGGUGAGCUGAAGGAUUUGAGUGCGAAUAGAUGUGAUCUGAUCUUUAGUGGUGAGGAGAAAAGGAGAGCAUUCAGAAAGUGGCUCGGAGCUAGGGUUUGCGAGACAGAUGCGCAGGCAAGGGACGUACUUUCGAGAGCGAGGAUGGACAGCUUCUGGACUGUUGCGAAGAACUGGAAGAAGGACGAUUUCUAA